AUGUACAGAGAGGCUUUAACAGCUAAUAACCGGUCGCUUUUGAGUGUCCAAGAUGCUAUAACGGUAGUGGUGAGAGCAGCUCAGUUGUGCGUUGGUCAUGCACAACAACUCAUCUUAUCGUUAACCUUUGACUUACGGAUGCGUCUUCUGCAUCCGGUCAGCUGA